CUCCCAUCCGUGCCCGAGUGAAUGAAUUCUGAGCCUUCUCCAUGCCGCUCACACCCCUCUCUUGCUCUUUCCAUCUUCUUGCUGAGCGUUCCUGGUCUAUGCUUCCUCUUGGCCCAUCUCACUUCCUGAAACACCCCUGAAGAGGGUUGCUUAUCUGGAUGGAGCCCGAGUGGCCCUCUGGGGGCAGGAGGCAGAGGCCUUGAGCGUGUCCGUCUGGGGAACUAAGAGAAGCGGCACUUUCAGAUUCAACCCACAUAGAACUGUCCUUCACGCUUCCGGGAGCCCAGGGAUGUGUGGCCCGCAAAGGGGCAGAAAGUGAUUGCCCCUGGAUGGGCUCUCUCUAAGAAAAGCUGGGGUCUCCAAGGGAGUGUCCCACCAGAGAAGAGAAGGAAUGAGCGAGUCGUGAAUUUCAGACUGUUGCUGCUGCAUCUGGACCUCUAGCGAGAUGCCUGGCAAGAGCUAGGCUCCCUGGGCCACACGGAUCCAGUCAGCACGCUUGGGGAGAGCAAGAUGGCUGUCAGCAGCACUGCUCUGUUGUUGGCCAAGGUUACCUACAUCACCGUGGAGAUUGUUAUUGGGCUCUGUGCCAUAGUGGGCAACGUGCUGGUCAUCUGGGUGGUCAAGCUGAACCCCAGCCUGCAGACCACCACAUUCUAUUUCAUUGUCUCCCUGGCCCUGGCUGACAUCGCUGUUGGGGUGCUCGUCAUGCCUUUGGCCAUUGUCAUCAGCCUGGGCAUCACCAUCGACUUUUAUAACUGCCUUUUCAUGACCUGCCUGCUGCUGAUCUUCACUCAUGCUUCCAUCAUGUCCCUGCUGGCCAUUGCUGUGGACCGAUACCUGCGAGUCAAACUCACAGUCAGGUCACCCCAAAUACUGGUCAAGGAAAGCUUUGUGCUGGACACGGCUUCCGCUAACUGCAGCUACAAUACCCACUAUAAGGACCACCCCAAAUACCGGUGCCGAGGCUACUUCCGGGACUACUGCACCAUCAUUGCCUUCACACCCAACAGCACUGACCGCGUGGCCCUGAGGGACACAGGAAGCCAGCUCAUCCUCACUGUGUCCUGCCUGACCAAGGACGAUGCGGGCUGGUACUGGUGUGGCAUCCAGCGGGACUUUGCCAGGGGUGACAUGGAUUCUACAAAGCUGGUUGUGACUGACAACAGAGGAGGCCUCGCCAGUGAUUUUUGGUCUGGGAAAGACCUAUCAGGCAACAAGACCAGAAACUGCCGGGCUUCCAGAGUGGUCCACAAGGCCAAUCACUCCAGGAUGUCCAUUCUCAUCAUCUGCAUACUGAUCACAGGCUUGGGGAUCAUCACUAUAAUCAGUCAUUUGUCCAAAAGAAGGAGAAGUCAAAGGAAUAGAAGGGCAGACAAAUCACUGAAGCCCUCCUCACGUGUCCUGACUCCACAGAAAAUGGCUCAUCCUGAACAGAUGUGA